UCGUGGCAGAAACUGGCACGGGAGAGUGUAAAUGCGGAACAUCAGUUGUAAGCCCGAGAAAGACGAGGAGUUUACAGCCACACAGCAGCGACGGACAGAUAGCUAGAUAUGUCGUGCACAGCACGAGUGCCUCCCAGAUAGUACCUUCAUGCCCGCGGCGAGCGAGCGAUCGGUCGGACAUCUUCGUCUGUUGCAAUUUGAUUUCAACGAGUUCAGCUCAGAAUUUCCUGCAGUGUCAUGGUUUUUAGCAGGUUCCUCAGGUGAAGGAAGGGACGUGAAAGUCUAGUCGAGGAGAGAGUCAGGUAGGGGGCAAAAUUGUUUGGUAGACCGCAUCAUCAUCACCUGCGGGUGCAAUUCAGUUGCGGUUUGGGAGCAAUGAGCAAUUACUGUCUGCUGUCGUCGAGAUCCAGUGAGGUUUUUGCUCUUGGAGUCGGUCCUUCUGCUGUUUGUGGUGUCACAGGGGAGUAUACGAGAAGCGUACCGAGCAGAGUAGUGGUGGGUUGUAGCGCCGAAGACAGGUGGAAAGCCAGACCACAUGGCGGGGCUGUAAACAGAAGAGAAGCAAUCACACAAUUGGGUGCUGGCGCUUUGGCGGUCACAUUUCUUGAUCGCAGUGCCGGGCGCUCCGCAGCAGUCCAGCAAAAUCAACUGCCUGGACGAAUUCCUGGCUUGUCUGAUGCCGAUGAGAAGGGGGUUCGGACUUAUCGAAGACCUGAUGGUAAGUCAGGCGGACAUGGAGUGGGUUGGAGUCCGAUUAUUCCGUAUACUUUCAAAGUUCCCACAGACUGGCAGGAGAUUCCUGUCUCAAUAGCGGAUCUGGGUGGUACUGAGAUAGAUCUGCGCUUUCAAAGCCCCUCAGAGGGUAAUAUUAGCGUCAUUGUUGCACCAGUGCUUCGAUUCUCAAGCGAGCUUGGAGACAAUGUGAAGAUAGAGGACAUCGGUGAGCCGCAGAAGGUAAUUGAUGCUUUCGGACCGGAGAUCACUGGGCAGAACGUGGAAGGGAAGGUGAGAAACAUGGAUGUAAAGAAGUACGGAGGACGUACUUAUUAUCAGUACGAACUCGAUGUGCCCCACAUGCUGGUCACUGCGACUGCUGCCGGAAAUCGACUGUACUUAUUGAGCGUCACUGCAAAUGGUCGCCAGUGGAAGAAAUUUGCACCAGAUUUGAGAGAUAUCCAAGACUCAUUCCGCGUGGAGGCAUGAGAACCUGCUUGUGUGCCGAGGAUGCCCAUACCUGUCGGUGGGGACUGGCCUUAUGCAUCCUUGGUCACUGUCUAUAUCAUCAGCAUCGUCGGGUCCAAUCAAUUUAUGUGACGCUAGAAACUUGGCUAGACGCAGUCGCAUGCAGCUUUUUGUACUAAAAUUGUUAUCCUUCUCAAAUCAGUGUCAGCUCGUAGAGUGUAUCAAUAUGAUCAUUUUUGCUUUGGCUCGAAGUAUGUGAUGCUUUUCCGGGUUCCGGAUUCGUUAGAAGAGUCAGUUACCCGAGUCAACGACUUGCAGGCUUUUACAACACACUUUUGAGAAGCCUUAGAGCUGUGGAAUUAGACAGAGCGAAGAAACAAUACAAGUAUGUAAAUGAACCAACUCUUGUGUAUUCAAGUCGGGAGGAGUUCAAUUGAGCUUUCAUUGUGGGUAACAAAUUCAAUACCAUUGGUUUCAAAUGCGUUU